CCGCUCCGUCAUGGCCGCACGCUCAGAACCACUCUCCAUAGAGUCCCUCCUCCAGAAACAGAAGCAGGACAAGGAGGCUGCUGCAAAGCCCAAGUUCCUGUCAAAGGAGGAGCGCGCCAAGAUUGCCAUUGCCAAACGUGCCCAGGAAAUCAAGGACCAGCGUGAACGCGACGAACACGCCCGCCAGGACCGCGCUGCUCUCGAGCGAGAGGCUGACUCCAUCCGCUCCCAGGAACGCACACACACACAGGCUCGCUAUCCCGCAUCCACCAGAAACUAUGAUGACAAUAGAGACCCGCAUCCCCGCUCAGACAGAGGCAGAGACCGCCAUGGCCGCCGUGACAGAGGCAGAGAUGCAGACAGAGAGCGCGACAGGCGGGACGCCGCCUCAAAACCCGCCUACGACAACGUCCCCACCGGCCCUCGCGCAGACCGCGGAAAACCACCUCCCCCCGGCCCCGCAUCCUCCUCCAUGCCUCCCCCUCCCCUCCCCGCCCACCUCACCGCCGCCACCACAGAACCUUCCUUCACACCCUCCAUGACCGACGACGAAAUAUCCGCCAUCCGCUCCCGCUACCUCGGCGCCGACCGCAAAAAGCGCAAGAUCCGCAAGAUGAACGACCGCAAGUUCGUCUUCGACUGGGACGAGACAGACGACACCUUUGCCGCCGACUCCCCCGCAGCAGCAGGCAGCGCCCGUCAGGGCGCCCAGGUCAUGUUUGGCCGCGGCCGCAUCGCCGGCAUGGACGACGGCGGUGCUACAGCCCCCGUCGCUGUUCCCGGCGCACCCGCUGCCGGUACUCCGCUCAAUGCGAACCUCGCAGACCCGCUCGAGCGACGCAGGGCGCUGAAGGCGGGCCUGGACGAGCGCCAUUGGAGCGACAAGCCGCUCGACGAGAUGAAGGAGCGCGACUGGCGCAUUUUCAGAGAGGAUUUCAGUAUUGCUGCCAGAGGUGGAUCUAUUCCGCACCCGCUUCGCUCGUGGGCAGAGUCGGAAAUACCAGAGAUCAUUCUCGGUGUCAUCGAACAAGUCGGCUACAAGGAACCAUCGCCCAUUCAGCGUCAGGCUAUUCCUAUCGGUUUGCAAAAUCGCGAUGUUAUUGGUAUUGCAGAGACAGGUUCCGGAAAGACGGCCGCCUUUGUCAUCCCCAUGCUCACUUUUAUCUCGACCAUGCCCGCAUUUACGGACGACAACAGACACUUGGGCCCGUACGCGCUCAUCCUCGCCCCGACGCGUGAGCUGGCCCAGCAGAUCGAAGCAGAGGCGCGCAAGUUUGCCACGCCGCUCGGGUUCACCUGCGUGUCGAUCGUCGGUGGUCGCGCCGUCGAAGAGCAGCAGUUCAACCUGCGCGAAGGCGCCGAGAUCAUCAUCGCCACACCAGGCCGGCUCAAAGACGUGCUCGAGCGACACGUGCUCGUGCUCUCGCAGUGCCGCUACAUCGUCAUGGACGAGGCGGACCGGAUGGUGCACCUCGGGUUCGAGGCCGACCUGUUGUUUAUCCUCGACAAGCUCCCGAGCGACGUGCUGCAGGGCGAGGAGCCCGGUGCGGCUGCGAUGAUGGACGUGGACGGCGCGGAGACGGCCGCGGCGGUGCGCAAGGGCCGCACGCGCGUGACGACGCUGUUUUCGGCGACGAUGCCGCCGGCGGUGGAGAGGCUUGCGAGGAAGUAUUUGAGGAAGCCGGCGGUGAUUACGAUUGGCGAGGCUGGGCGCGCGGUCGAUACCGUCGACCAGCGGGUCGAGUUUGUCAAUGGAGACGAGAAGAAGAGGCUGCGGAUGCUGGAGAUCCUCGAGACCGGCGGGUACGCGUCGCCCAUCAUCGUGUUUGUCAACCAGAAGAAGACGGCAGACAUGGUCGCCAAAGACCUGUCUCGCGGGGGCUGGAGCACGUCGACGCUGCACUCGGGCAAGAACCAGGAGCAGCGCGAGGCUGCGCUGCAGGCGCUGCGGACGGGCGAGGCCGAUAUCCUCGUCGCCACGGAUCUCGCUGGGCGCGGUAUCGAUGUGCAGGACGUCAGUCUGGUCAUCAACUACCAGAUGGCGGGCACCAUCGAGGCGUACGUCCAUCGUAUCGGUCGUACCGGGCGUGCUGGUAAGCAGGGAACGGCGAUUACGUUCCUUACGAACGACGACGAUGAGGUCAUGUACGAUCUCAAGCAAGAUGUCCCGCAGAUAGCUGACGAACGUGGCUUCAUUUUGCGCGUUGGCGCUGCAGAAAUAUCCAAGAGCCCCGUGUCAAAGGUCUCGGCUGAGCUCGCGCGGCACGAGUCGGCGCAGCACAAGGUGUCGCGCGAGAUGAAGCGGAAGCGGGAUGCCGAUGACCAGGGCUGAGGGAACUUGAGGGUGUGCCCUAGGCCCCCUCGGUGUGCGAAGUCGAGGCCGAGGGUGCGCGCUGCUACUGGCCUGUGUAUUAUAGAAAAUACGGUGUUCCCUCGGUUUUUCAUGGUCUCGUAUUAUUGGUCCCUUGGUUUCUCCGUCUAGGCGCACGUCGCACGGGAGCAUGGGUGUCUGGACUCUGGAUCCAGUGCUUGGGACCUCUUGUGUACGUAGGUACCGCGGGUGCGGCGUUGUGUUCCCGCGAACGUUUACAGGGCCAGGGUACAGGGAUAGGAUAGUAGUGCGCGUGUUCGUAUGUUGUUUUUGUCUACACUCGAAUCUG